UUUACAAUGUUUCCAUUCUAAAUAAUUAUUCCUAUGGUAAUGUUGACCUGUUGACUGCAUGUGCUUUCAGGACUUACCUGGAGGAAGAGUUGAGGAAGGCCUGCGAGUGUCCUCAGCCACGCAAAGACAUGUAUGAAAAAAUGAUUGCAGUAGACCCAGGUGCCCCUACUGAGGAGGAGCGGGUCCAGCAGGCAGUACUCAAAACCAGAUACAUGCAGUGGAGGGAAACCCUCAGCUCAACAGCCACGCUGGGCUUCCGCAUUGAAGGCAUCAAGAAAUUAGAUGGAACGUGUAACACUAACUUCAAGAGAACAAAGUACAAAGAUGAGAUCAUCCAAGCCCUGGAGGAUUUUGUUGACAACAACAUGUUAAUCUUGAGAAGUUACCAACAACGCCUGAAGGAACUACGAGCUGUGCUGGAGAAAUCCGAUUUCUUUAAAGCACAUGAGGUAGUGGGCAGCUCCUUAUUAUUUAUCCAUGAUCUGACUGGCAAGGCUGGAAUCUGGAUGAUUGACUUUGGAAAGUCUGUGCCCAUGCCGCCCCCUCUCACCCUGGACCAUCGCAGCCCGUGGGUGGAGGGCAACAGAGAGGACGGGUACCUCUGGGGCCUGGACAAUUUCAUUGACAUUCUGGCCAACAUGCUUCCUGAGAAAUGAAAGGCAUUGUGGAUCUUCAGAAUUGUCAUUUUUUGCACAGACUGUCUAAUUUCCCUCUUUUUGUUUCUACAUGGAUAAUAUAUGAAGGCAGGAGAGAAUCGAUGGAAUGGAUUGUCUCAACAUUUACUACAAGUCUUACUGAUGAACAUCUAAGCUUGUGAAUAUACCUGCUGAAGCCUCUCACUAUAUAGUUGUUAUCGCUGCUUUUGAAAAGCUGCAUGUAUUUUUACACUGUAAAUAGAUUUUUAUUUAAGCAGUUUGCUCUUAGGGGUUGAUUGGCAAAAUAUUAGCUUAGUUUUAUGAACAUUAACUGCUGGUGAAAAUCAUUACAGUCGUGUUGUUUUGAUAGAUAUAUUAAGAUAUUUUUCCUGCGUUUUGCUUCAUUUUUGUGACCAAAUGUGUCUAAUUUGUGUGGGGAUGAACUGAAUUGAAUUGGUGCACACUAUUAACAGUCCCAUAAACUGAAGCUGAAUCAAAUCACAGAACAACAAAAAACCUCUUGCACCUUUCUUAGUACUGUUUAAAAACAUUGCAUAACUCCUGAUAUAAGAAAACAUUUAAUCAGAUGCUAAACAGCCACUGUUAAUAGCAAAUGUAUGCCAAUUUGACUGCGAAUGGUGUGUGGGAUAUUUGAGAUCGUGCUCCUUAUGCACAAUUUCAGUGUUUGCAAUUUGAAGGUUUUGUACUGUAUAAUAAGUAAACGACUUGUGAUCAUCAUGUUGGGGGCUUUAUUGUCCUGGCUGUAUUAGUUUUGCAGUUCUGGGUUCUGAUGAUAACUAUAUACUGUAAUCUUUUUCCAUUCUGGGUAAUUUUGUAAAGGUGUUUGACUGUCAGCACAAUAAACAUAAAUAUGAUGUGAUUGUU